AUGGUGGUCAUUAGCGCUUGUAUCAGCAGCAGAGUCCGACCUCUCCUUGCGAGACAGUUUGUGGACAUACGCCGAACCAAGGUAGAAGGGCUGCUCAAUGCAUUCGUUAAGCUUGUUGAUUAUUCGGGCUCCGACCAUACCUAUCUGGAGACGGAGUCAGUCCGUUAUGUAUACCAACCGGUUGAGAACCUCUACCUCGUCUUGAUAACAACGAAGAGCAGCAACAUUUUCGAGGACCUGGGCACUCUAAGGAUGUUCGAGACGUGUGGAGAGAGUCACGGAAACGGCAGUCUCGAAGAUAGCGUAGCUGCCCACGCGUUUGAUAUAGUAUUUAUGCUCGACGAGCUUAUUAGCGGCGGCUAUAGGGAGGCGCUUACGCUUCAGCAGAUCCAGUCUUACGUUGCCAUGGACUCUCACGAAGAGAAGCUACAGAGGAUGAUCGCUGAGGGCAAAGAGAAGGAGCAGGCAGAUCGACGGCGAGAAAUCGCCCAAAGACUCGAGAAGGAGAGACAGGCAGCAAAAAAGGCCGGUAAAGGGUUGGAUGUUACUACUUUUCGCGGUGCCGGAGCAGCAACUCAGCUGUCGCGCGGUCCUCCUACCAUCUCUGCUGCUCAGGGGGUGCCUCCAAAUGAAGCUUACUGGGGAUCGCCAAGUCCUACUGGGGGGAUGUAUGACUCAAAACACCAGCCUUCUCCAUCAGUCACUCCAGGGGCCACAAGAGGGAGCCAUCAGUCAAAGGGCAUGCAGCUUGGGUUUAAGACACCAUCUGGGGGAGUCGAUAGCGCAUUACAGAACCUGGUGGAUGAGGAGACUAAAUCAACCGAACCGCAGCACGAGCAGGUUUUAAGCAAUCCGCUAGCGGAUCCCGUAAGCGUUUUCAUUGAGGAAAAGCUGACGCCGGAGGACAAAAGGUUUAAGAUGAAGAGUCACCCAAAUCUUGACAAGGCGGCUCUGUCUCAAAGCAGCCUGCUUCAGGUCCGAGACCCAUCGAGGCCGUUGCCUCCUCACCAGCCGGCACCCCUGCUCAAGUGGAGAUCCAGCGAAAAGGAUGAGAGCUUGGUGCCGCUGACAGUGAGCUGCUGGCCGUCUACGACGCCAACGGGCACAGUGCUGACUGUUGAACUGGAGGUUACGGACGCUUCGAAACGUCUGGAAGACGUUCUGAGAACGGAUGCGGGAACCACGGAGCAUGACGGGGUUUCAGUCCACUGGUUCCUUCCGGAAAUGGGGCAGCAGCUCUCAGCUGCGACUAUCGAGUUGACGGCCAACGCCAGCCUGACGACCCUCAUGCCUUUCUCCGUGGAGAUGCACAGCAGGGAAAAUAUCUGUAAUGUGGAGUGCACCCACAUGGAAAACAAGAUGGAAAUCCCCUUCUCGCUUACGCGUAGAGUGGACUACCUACUUACUGUGCAUCCUUAG